AUGGACAAUUAUGGCUUUAAAGAUAGUGAUAGUACACCACCCUCGACACCACCGGUACGACCCCCUAGAAUAUUUCGGACAGUAAGCUGCAUAGAGAAUGGUUCCAUCAAAUUUCCUCGCUUGGCGACCAGAUUUAAUGCAUCAACUACUAAGGAUACCAGGCCACAGGAGAUGGAUCCAGAAGCCGCCUUAGCAGAACCUGUCGUGAUCGAAAAUGGUCUACACAAUGAUACCAACAGCAAAUCAACGUUUAUGCAAAACAUUGUGCCCAAUGUGGCUGGAUGCACCAGUCCCACUUCAGUUGAUGAUCAUAACAAAUCUGCAUCGGCCAAUGAAACCUCUACCGUCACUAAUUCUAGUACCAAAACAACUACACCACAUAGUGGAACGGGUCAGGCUAAUGGACGUAAAUCUCACAUUGAUAGUUACGAGUAUAUGGAGGUUGGACCAUCCCCGCCCGCCGAAGGUGCCCCCAAUCUUUACGAUAGCUACGAUGAAAGUUACUCCGAAUCUAGUGCCCAACUCUGCAAUGACAUCAUUCGCGUAUCUCUUACUGAGCAGAUGCGUCUUGCUGGUGGCCGAGUGACACUGCUCGAGAGCUUUGAACUCGAACCAACACUUGACGCCACCACCAUCGAACAGUUGCUGUGCACAACAUCAACACCACCUUCGUCGGGUCCUGCAAAUGCCUCAGCGGUUGGCUCUACCAACAACACUCCAGCAAGCGGAGGACAAAAGUUUGAGAAAAAUAUCUGCUUUCUGUGGGCGGCUUUUUUGCGAAAGUUCCAUCUCGUGGAGCAGUGUGUGCAGCUUGGGGCGGAUAUUAACUUCUGCGACUCGAACGGUUUGACCGCGCUUCAUCUCGCAUCGUUCAGCGAUUGUACCGAAUGCUGUGCGUUCCUGAUUCACCAUGGGCUUGAUGUAAACAUGCAACCCAAAUGGUACACUCCACUUCACUGUGCCGCAUUCGGUAACUCACUAGCUGCCGCUGAGUUGCUAAUUAAAAAUGGUGCUCGCAUAAACGUGCCAACAAACAAGCAACAUUGCGAGGAAUCUCUCUUACACUGUGCCGUACGGUCAAAUGCUAUCGAAUGUCUUCGAUUCUUUAUUGCCCACGGGUCAAACGUGAACGCACUUGAACGAAAUGGCACGAACCCAAUCCAUCUGGCCGCUGAUCUCGGCCAUGCGCAGUGUCUCGCUGCGCUGCUGGAAUGUUCGGAUGCAGAUCCUAACGUGCGUAUACAGCAGGGUGACAAGCAGAUGACUGCGUUACAUCUCGCCGCUGACGAAGGUAACUUGGAUUGCGUAACGCAAUUGCUAACACGCGGAGCUGAUGUCCGUGCGCGAAACCAUCGUGGUUUUACACCGCUGCAUCUGGCAGCCCGCAGUGGAAGUGCCGAUUGCGUCGAGGCACUAUUAAAACUUGGUAGCUGUGAUCCAAAUAUGGCCGAUUUCGACCAACGAACGGCACUGCACGCUGCGGUAAGCAAAUCCGAUACAGCCGUGGAGAUGCUUGAAACGCUCAUCGCAUGGGGUGCCAAUGUCAACCAACGGGAUGUGUAUGGUUUUACGGCACUGCAUCUUGCGGCACUGGACGCACUGGGCCCGUGUGUCGAAACACUGCUGUAUCACGGCGCGGAUGUAACGAUGAAAUCGCGCAAAGGAACCAGCGCUCUCAAUAUUAUCAGCCGUAAAACGCCGGCCUCCCUAGGUGUCAUACAAUGCAAGCUUGACGCAGCUAUCACACUAACGCACUCGCAAGAUUCAUCCAGCCGGGAGGUAGAGCUGGAACUUGACUUUCGCAGUAUUCUACAGCAUUGCCAUCCUAGGGAAAUCAGCUACUUGAACACGUUUGUGGACGAUGGACAGAAGGAGUUUCUGCAGCAUCCACUGUGCUCGGCCUUCCUGUACAUCAAAUGGAACAAAAUACGCAAAUACUACAUCGCUCGUUUACUGUUUUGCUUUACAUUUGUGCUAUUUUUAACACUGUAUGUACUCACGGUGCUUGCACACAACUGCUACAACGGCAGCAAGGAUAUGAAGGAAACGAUCCAGGAACAGGAGCUCUGCCAAAAGCAGUCUAUCUUUGGUGAUAUGUUGCGGAACAAUCCGUUCGUGAUGGAAAUGCAGUGGAUGGUGCUAGUGGCAAUUACAAUCAUUGAGAUCUGUCGCAAGAUCUAUGGCAUUACCGGGUAUUCCUCACUGAAACACUACGUCACGCAGACAGAAAAUGCAAUCGAAUGGUUCAUCAUAAUGAGCGUAUUCGUUAUCUCGCACAUUUACACUAAGCGGACCUACACCUGGCAGAACCAUGUAGGAGCCUUCGCAGUACUUCUUGGAUGGACCAACCUAAUGCUAAUGAUUGGGCAGUUGCCCGUUUUUGGUGCUUAUGUCGCCAUGUACACCAAAGUGCAGGUAGAAUUUGCUAAACUGUUCAUGGCAUAUUCGUGCAUGUUGAUAGGAUUCACGAUCAGUUUCUGUGUCAUUUUUCCAUCGUCCUCCUCGUUCGCAAAUCCCUUCAUGGGAUUUAUCACGGUGUUAGUAAUGAUGACCGGGGAACAAGAUCUUGAACUAUUGAUCAAUGAUCCCGAUGGCAAAGAUCCUCCGUUUCUGCUUGAGAUUAGUGCGCAGAUUACUUUCAUAUUAUUUUUGCUGUUUGUCACAGUCAUUCUGAUGAACCUGCUCAUAGGUAUUGCUGUGCAUGACAUACAAGGGUUGAAAAAAACGGCCGGCUUAUCAAAAUUAGUUCGUCAGACGAAACUAAUUUCCUAUAUCGAAUCGGCUCUCUUUAACGGUUGGCUACCAAACUGGUUGCGCAAUUUGCUGUACUACACAGCACUCGUUUCGCCACAAGCUUACCGUGUGGUGCUUAGCGUCAAACCACUCAACCCUGGAGAAACACGACUCCCGCGGGACAUUAUGAUGGCAGCGUACGAGGUGGCGAAGCAAAAGAAGCAUUACAUUAGAAAAAAUGUCUCUACGGUACGUCGUAAUUUAUCGUACGAACCACAGAAAGCAUCUAUGAAUGGAAUGCGACCUAAAUUAUACGAUCGUUCUGAUAGUGGCUUCACUUUACCCGCCAAUCGACGAGACCCUAACGAAGGUAUAGGACUAUCGUCUGCAAACAGUGAGCAUACUGCAAAAUUUGGAUACGUCUACGAUACACCGACACUGUAUGGGCUCACCAAUAAGCUAGACGAGCACAGUGACUACAUUGGUAAUAUUGCAACAGAGAUCGCUGAGCUGCGAUCGUCGGUAGAAGAGAAUCAGCAGAUAUUGCGCCAGGUGCUUCAAUUGUUAAGCAAAAGUUCAAAACACAAUGUUCAAUCAAACUAA